GUCACGAACAAGAGGAAGCCAUGGUGUGCAUUCCCUGUAUUGUCAUUCCCGUUCUCCUCUGGGUCUACAAGAAAUUCCUUGAGCCCUAUAUCUAUCCUGUUAUUGCCCCUUUCGUGAAGCGCGUAUGGCCCAAGAAAGCCGUGCAAGAAACAACAGCCACAAAAGAAGGUCAAGGAGGCAGCACUGGAUAUCCAAGGGCACCUUCAGCCGCGAAAAGAGAUCAGGAGGAUGAAUUUGGAAUUUAUAAAUUUGAAAGCAACGGCGUUGCAAAUGGAAUCGCUGCAAAAAGAUCCACAGAAGUUUCUGACAAGAAAGCAGAUUAG